CCGGUUCUCUUGGUAGAAGUGCUUCCGGCCAUUCAUUCCCUCAGUCCGUGUUAGCUGCGACGGGGUCACGAUUCUUAGACCCGUACGACAAAGAAGUGUGUCCCCGGGCGCCGUGAAGGAUGAAGCUCGUGAGAUUUUUGAUGAAGUUGAGUCAUGAAACUGUAACCAUCGAAUUGAAGAAUGGAACACAAGUACAUGGAACAAUCACAGGUGUGGAUGUCAGUAUGAAUACACAUCUUAAAGCUGUGAAAAUGACCCUGAAGAACAGAGAGCCUGUACAAUUGGAAACACUGAGUAUACGAGGAAAUAAUAUUCGGUACUUCAUCCUUCCAGACAGCUUACCUCUGGAUACUUUACUUGUGGAUGUUGAACCAAAGGUGAAAUCUAAGAAAAGGGAAGCUGUUGCAGGAAGAGGCCGAGGUCGGGGUAGAGGACGAGGACGUGGUCGUGGCAGAGGAAGAGGGGGUCCCAGACGAUAACUUCUUUCAUGAAUACUGUUAUGUGUUUCCAAGAAAGGCAGGAUAUUUUUUGUACAGGUUUUGUUUAUGAUGUCAAUUUUUAAUAAACACAUAUGUGGGAAAGAGUUGUCUAUUGAAUAUGUCAUCAGUUAAGAUUUCAGUAUUCUUAGAUCUUCUCCUUAGUAUUAGUGCAUUAGUUCCAAAUGUAAAACAGUUGAGCUACAAGGCUGUUCAUAAAUGUAGUUUAAAUUCUGACUUAACUAAUCAUACUUUUUUCUAACCUAACAGUAUGAUUUCAUGUAUGUAUCUGAAAGAUUUUGAAUCCCCACUAUAAUCCUUUUAUCUUCUUUGGGACUGCCUAGAGGUAAAAUAGAAUUACAUUUGCUAUAUCUAAAACUGAAAUCUUUUGGAUUAUCCAAAAUGAAUUGUCUUUUUGUUGAAUUUCACUCUAUAGUGAAUAGUAGUAUAACGGAAGUUCCAAGCUACUGGUAUUUUAUAAUUGAAAGUCAUCUUUUAAAUUAAGAAUUGCCUUUGUUAUAAUAAACAUUUGUUACAUGUUA